CUUCCCAUGUCUGCACUUUGGACCCUAUAAGCCUGAGGGUGAGCAAGGACACUCCAGGGAGGAUGAGUGGGAUAAGUCAUCCUGGGAUCCUGCUGACCCUAGCUGUUGGCCUCGGUCUAUGCAAUGAUCAGUUUAAGGUUUGCAGAGACCCCAAAGUAAAAUUAAUAGGACCCUCAGAUGUUUUGGGGACUUUUCCUAUAUGUGAUGGAUCCCAAGGCUACUUCCAGAUUUCUGGUGUUUCUACAAGUCCUUCUGGAGAAACUAUCUUACAGUUCAUGGAUGGGUCCCAAGGCUCCAUGAGCAGUUUAUCUUCUUCUGGAAUGGCCCUCGGAUCAGCUGGUGGGGGAAGUAGCUCUCAUUCCUCUGUCAUCUCGGGCAGUUCUUCUAACACAGUUAUUCGAGGCAGUUCUGGAUCAGUUAUUGUUGGAGCUAUUGGAGGAGGAGGAGGAGGUGGUGGUGGUGGUGGAGGUAGUUCCAACUGGAUGGGUUCUUCUUCUGGAUCAGUUGGAGGUGGAGGAUCAUCUCACCAAAGCUCUGUUAUACAAGGGGCAGGAAGCAAUGUCCCUAUACGUGUAGGAGGGGGUGGAGGUUCAUUCUCUGGAGGAACAGGUGGAGGAGGAGUGUGGUCUAGUGGAGGACAAGGAGGGAUGGGAGGUGUAGGAGGAGGAGGAAGUUCUUUCCAACAAAGCUCUGGGACAAUACAAGGCACAGGAAGCAAUAUCAUAAUACAAGGAGGUGGAGGUUCAUUCUCUGGAGGAACAGGAGGAGGUUCAUUUUCUGGAGGAACAGGUGGAGGUCAAGGAGGAUUUGCUGGUGGAGGAGGACAAGGAGGAUUUGUUAGUGGUGGAGGAGGAAGCUCUUUUCAGCAAAGCUCUGUAAUACAGGGGGCAGGAGGAGGAGGAUCCUGGGCUGGUGGAGCAGGAGGAGGACAAGGAGGAUUUGGUGGUGGUGGUGGUGGUGGAGGAGCAAGCUCUAUAAUAUUUGGGGCUGGAAAUGACAAUCGGAUUCGUGAAGGAGGAGGUGCCGGCUCAUUUUCUGGAGGAACAGGUGGUGGAGGAGCCUGGGGGAGUUCUGGUGGAACAGGAGGAGGACAAGGAGCAUGGGGCGGUGGAGGAGGUGGGGCUGGAGGAGGUGGAGCAUUUGCGGGGGGAGCUGGAGGUGGAACUGGAGGAUGGGUAAGCGGCCCAGGAGCAUGGAAUAUUGGAGGAGGAGGUGGUGGUCCUUCACUUAUAUUACCAGGAGGGAUUAAUCCGGCGGACGUGCCAGUCUCCAAAGGAUGCAGUAAAGAUGCCAUGUCAGUGAUUUUUGGAGCAACCAAUUCUAACCCAAGCAGACCAGGUGGAGGUGGCACUGGAGGUGGAAUUUCCCAGAUUUCCCAAUCUCAAAGUCUAGGCUUAAAUUCCGGAGGAAGUUCACAUGUUGUAUCAGGUGGUGGUUCUUCUGUAAAUUCGGUCAUCUUUGGAGCAGCCAUCAACCAACCUGUGAGAGGUGGUUCAGUUGCUACUGGUGGAGGUGGAAGUGUAGGAGGAGGUUCUUCUGGAGGAUCCUGGUCUUCUGGUGGAACUGGAGGGUCUUCGGGAGGAUCCUGGUCUUCUGGUGGAACUGGAGGGUCUUCGGGAGGAACCUGGUCUUCUGGUGGAACUGGAGGGUCUUCUGGAUCUUCACACUCAGGGAUGAAAUUUCCAAAUUCUGGGCGCUAGAAUGACUCGAGAACCUCCAUCCAUGUGUUACAGUAUUUUCCUCAGUCUGGGGCUUAACGUGUCUGAAAACCAGGUUUUUUGCUGGUUAGGUCGACAUUUGCCAUGUUAAUAUUUUUUUCUUUUGGCAUGUAUAACUGCGUCUAUAUUCAACCAACUUUUGUACACAAACAAGUACACACAGAAUAAAUUGUAUAUAUUUAUUUUUGUAUCAAAUCUCCCUGUUUCAGCCAUUUCCUGGCUGGAGAGAAUGAAGUCCAUUUAAUUAGCCGUGCGCCGCGCUCUCUGCACCAGUCUGCACUUUGUCCUCAGCUGCAGGAUUGCAAACACUGCUGACCCCUGACCUUUCGUUUGACCCCCCCCCCCUUAAUUAGCUCCUAAGAGAGCAUCAUGUGUUAUAUAGUUUGUUUUUGUAUUUGUAUUUUUGCAAAAAGUAUGUAAAGCCUGAUGUUCAAACCUUUUGUUGAGAGAUAAACAAUAAAAAUUUAAA